GAGUUCCUAAUCGCGCUUCGUUUGAGGCGCCUUCUUUUCUCUUAUUUAUUCCGACAAAUCGCCGCAGUUCAAAAUGUUGGACCUCGAAGAAAACUGCUAUUUCGAGGAGGACAAAAUCGGUGUUGUGAGCGCUUCGGGCGCUAACGAUGUCUGAAGAGUGCGCCUAUCGACGAAUACCCACCGAGGAUCCAGACGACUCGUCGGAUCUUUACCGUAUCUUUAUGAUGGAGGAUCGCAUGGGCAUGACGGUGACCUCUGGAAGUGUGGUGAUCCAGAAAGAUGACAGCAACCUCAUCGGCAUCAGCAUCGGGGGAGGAGCACCGCUCUGUCCGUGCCUCUACGUGGUGCAGGUGUUCGACAACACCCCCGCCGCACGUGAUGGCACGUUGCAGUCGGGCGACGAGAUUGUGGGUGUGAACGGCACGCCCGUCAAGAGCAAGACCAAGGUGGAGGUGGCCAAGAUGAUACAGAACGUCAAGAAAGAAGUGGUCAUCAACUACAACAAGUUGCACGCCGAUCCAAAGCAGGGCAAGAGUCUGGACAUUGUGCUGAAGAAGGCCAAGCACCGCAUUGUGGAGAAUAUGAGCUCGACCACGGCAGAUGCAUUGGGUCUCAGCAGAGCCAUUCUCUGCAACGACAGCCUGGUGAAGAAGCUGGAAGAACUGUCGAGGAACGAACAGAUCUACAAGGGCCUGAUGGAGCACACGCACCACAUGCUCAAGGCCUUCUUCGACAUCUGCCAUGUGUACAGAGCGUUCGGGGACGUGUUUGCGGAGAUCGGGGUGCGUGAGCCACAGCCCCGUGCGAGCGAGGCGUUCACGCAGUUUGGCGAGGCUCACCGCAGCAUAGAAAAGUAUGGCAUCAAGCUCCUCAAGACCAUCCGACCGAUGCUGAGCGACUUGAACACAUACCUGAACAAGGCCGUGCCAGACACCAAACUGACCAUCAAGAAGUAUGCAGAUGCCAAGUUUGAGUACCUCUCAUACUGCUUGAGGGUGAAAGAGAUGGACGACGAAGAGUACGCCUACCAAGCUCUGCAAGAGCCUCUCUAUCGCGUCGAGACGGGAAACUACGAGUACAGGUUGAUCCUGCGCUGCCGACAGGACGCCCGCGUGAGGUUUGCAAAGCUGCGGUCGGACGUGCUGGUCAAGCUGGAGCUCUUGGACCAGAAGCACGUGCAAGACAUAGUGUUCCAGCUCCAGCGCCUGGUGUCUGCACUGUCCCAGUACCACAACGACUGCCAUGCGGUCAUGAAGACCACUUCCAUCUUCCCCAUCGAGGUGGAUCUCUCGAGGUCCACCUUCCACUAUGCAGACCCCUCGGUUAGCCCGUAUCAGGACGAAGAGGAGGAGGAUCGCGGGGACGACGACGACGACGAGCUCCUGGAGGCACAAGAGAUGCCGCCAGGUGCCGCUGGCGACUCCCUGCUGUCCUGCGGUCCCAGCACCAGCGAGGAGGGUGCCGCUCUCCUAUUGGCCGACUGAAGACAACGGACCCCGGAAUGUGAUAUUGGGGUCUUCUUGCUAUUGGAGCGCAGUCUGGUGCAUAUCUCCUGGUCCGUGCCUAAUCAAGAAGGGCAGCAUCUAGUCUCAGCAACCUGCUUCCACCUCGUUGGACGCACAAAGGCCAAUCGAUCUGCCGCCAUGCCGAUCGCGAAAUCUGUGUUCUACUAAAUUUCCUAGUCAUUUUGGAUUUCCUUCCGAGUUCUUGCUUUUUAUCAAAGCGUGUUUGUUUGUGUUACGAGUUAAACAAUGCUGACUUGGAACAAAGUUCUUUGUUGUUGUGAGUGUGAAAGAGCGAGUGUGUCUUUUACAGAUUCCGUCGGUUGUUCCUCAUGCAAUUUGUACAAUAACGAUUUGUUCUAAGUAAAGUCAAUUCUGGGUUAGUUCUGCGGAUGCAUGUUGUUGCCUUCCUAUGAUGCCAUCUAUUCAAGUAAGCAAAUGAUAUUUUUCGGAGGGUUCCUUUAAAGUAAAUGUAUGAUAGCUACAGUAAAACCUCGUUAUAACAAAACGGGAUAUAACAAACUAAUGGAUAUAACAAAGCAAUCAUAAUUCCCCUUGCUUGCUAAUAGUAGGAAGAAAUGGACAUCGGCUAUAACAAACUAAUGGUUAUAACGAAAUAAUUACGACCGCUCCUUCAACUUUGUUAUAACGAGGUUUUACUGUAUAUAUUUUGUUUCCCGUAUGGAUCUGCAUGAUGACAAAAAAAAUGGGUAUUGUUUACCUGUGUUUUGUUCAAAGUGAUUGUGUGACCAAGGUAUUUUGCUUAUUUGAGCUGCCAUUUGAGCUGCCACUCCUCGAAGUGACUGGCUCACAGUAAGGAGCGUUGUUACUUGUUCGUUGUACUGUCAUCGCCUCCUUUUUUAUUGAAUAUCCUGCACUCAUAAGCUGUUGUGGACAGAGGAAACAGCCAUUUUACUGCAGUUGGUCGCAUCCAUUCAUGCACCCAAAUGGCAAUACCCGAAAUGUCUCUGCAUGCAAGUCUUGGGGCAUAUUAAAGGGACCGUGAAAUGAUUUCUCAACUUCUUCCUCCUUAGCCUUAGUUCUCAACUCAAUUCUCAUUUCGGUCGUGACGUGCUUGGGCACCGGGUGCAAAGACUCCAAGCUUCAACCGUGCUAUUUAAGCAAACCAAGGAACUCAUUCACAAGUGAUUAUACAGGGUGUCUUAAAUAGCAGCCAGGCUCUUUAAAUCGACCACAACAAUUGGUUUCUUAACUUAUUGCGCUACGAUUUUGCGCAUUAUUGCCCAAUGGUGAUGCAUUUUUUUCUAUAAAAUUUGCAAAGAGCGAACUUGCCUGAGGAAAAAGUAAAAAAAAGAAAAAGGCUUAACUCCUAUGGAAGCAUAGUGAAGCCACCGGUCUUCAAGAUUUCUGGGUUUGCUGCAUUUAUUUCAAAUUUUCUUACAGAAAAGCAGGCUUUUGGCUCUCUGCCCUCGCGUACAAGGUUUCUUUUGGCGCACUAAAUGAUACGCGAUUAGUAAAGUCCCAAUUUAUCCCUUCCCAAAAUUCAUUCCAUGGUCCCUUUAAAAAGAUCCCUCGGAACACGAGGGUUGGCAUAAGAUGGAGGGAGUGAGCUUGAAAACUGGCAUCAGGAUAUCUGGGCAACAGUAGGGGAAGUAGGAACAUAUGGCAGGCAGAUAUGCAGUCUAACCUUGUAGAUGUACGGAUUGCGCAAGACGGGUAUUUCGAUGGAAUACAGUAGCUCCGCCUUCAGCGGGAGCUUUCUGCUUUCAGUAUACACUUUAGGGUUUUGUGAGCACGUCCUGACAAAGCGCUACCGAAGACGUACGAGCCUCUGCUGGAGGCAGAGCUUCUAGCACAUUCUUCGUUUGUGUCUUCAUGCGGUGGAGCAGCUAUCGGCACAUGCUCACUGCCCACAAUGUGUGUGGGCAAUCGCGGACCUUUCUUGUUUGGGGCCACGACGUGUUAUGGACAAAGACAUUCAGAGCUGUAGUUGGUGAGGUAAAGAGUUCAGUGGAAACUCCUCCCACCCCUUUCCACUUCAGCAGAAGGAUUUCUGGAGAGGAGAUAACCUCCUCUCCAGCCUUCGUUCUGCUAAAGUGGGAAAGAGGUGCGAGUAGGCUCUUGACCUGUCACCGACUGUAGAUAUGCGGACAUAGUGGUGCGUGCAGAGAUAGGGAGACGAAGUACAACUCCUACAUUUCUGAAACCGUCAACGUUCAACUUGUACUUUUUUUUUUAUCGCGAAGAGUUUAUGUAUACAAUGUUCCCUCCGGUGACAAAAAUAAACAUAUGUAAAAUCA